AUGGGGACGACAGCGUCGGUGGCGGCGGACACUGUCAACUACGUAGCAGAUAAGAAGGUUACGACAGGAACUGUACAGGUUAAAGUAAUUUAUAAGAAAAAAAGCAUAGUUUUAGAACUCUUUGUGUUACCUAGCGAUAGUGAUACACCGAUUGUAGGACGUCAAUGGCUACGUCACCUAGGUAUGAUUCAGGUAAACGGGGAUAAAGAAGGGGUUAAUGUACUCACUAUCCACACGUUAUCCGACAUCAGUAUGUCAGACUUGUUAAGGGAGUUUGAUUCCGUGUUCUCAGGCAAACUUGGUACUUAUAGAGGCGGCAAAUUGUUACCCUUAAAGCCCAAUGCAGUGCCAGUUUUCUACAAGCCGAGACCAGUACCGUUCGCUAUGCGCAAACCGUUAGAUAAGGAGCUAGAAAGAUUAAUUCGCGAGAACAUUAUUGAACCAAUCAAUAGUUCAGACUGGGUAACUCCUAUUGUCCCAGUAAUUAAGUCAAAUGGAGAGAUAAGAGUAUGCGGAGAUUACUCAAUCUCGGUUAAUGGAGAGUUAAUUGUAGUUAGGCACCCGAUUCCAAAGGUAGCAGAUUUAUUGAGUAAAUUGCUAGGGGGAGUUAUUUUUUCUAAGGUUGAUUUAGCGCACGCUUACCAACAGUUCGAGUUGGAUGAGGCGUCAAAAAAUCUAACUACAAUCUCAACUCACAAGGGACUUUUUAGGUACAACAGGCUAAGUUACGGUAUCGCGUCUGCACCGGGUUUAUUUCAAAAAGAAAUGGAAAAACUACUAGAUAGCGUUAAAGAAACCGGACUAACAGUGAAAUUAGAAAAGUGUCAGUUUAGUGAGCAGAAAAUACAGUCUUUAGGCUACGAAUUAGAUUCAAAAGGGUUACAUGUGUCUGAAAGUAAAAUCAAGGCAAUUUUAAAAAUGGAGGCACCUACAAAAGUAGCGGAAUUAAAGUCGUUUUUAGGAGCAAUACUACGCGAAAUUCAUUAA